GCAACAGUCCCUUCAUUACUGGAAGAGGAAGAGCCUUGAAAAAAAAAAAAAAAAAAGAGAAGGGGAAAUGGCAUUUCCCAAUUUGGCUAAUUUUAUCAUUAUACAGUGUUUCCACUUUUCACACUGCACCUCCAUAUCUACUUUCUACGUGAUCUUCAUCAGGAUUUGGGGGGUACAAGCAAGAAUUCGUGCCUCGGAAGCAGAUCCCUUUUCACUCCACGGCACUUAAAUCACUGCAGUCUCGGAACCCAUUAUUGCCUACUGCUCAUCAUCAUGCGUGCUACUAAACCCACUUCAAGAUUCAUCUACUUCAGCCUUACCCUUUUGAUAUUAUUGGGUUUCCUGGUCUCUACAAUUUCUGCUGAAGCCGGCAAAGAUGGCAACGAUGACGAUGAUUUGGAGGAGAUUGAAGAGCUAAUAGCAUUGGACGAGGAAGAAGAAGCAGGAGAACAAGGGCAAGAGGGAAGCCAUGUGAAAUUUUCUGAGGCCGAGGUUUUAAGCAAGGCUCAGAGGAUUGUGCUUGAACUGAACGGUGACAAUACCAAAAGGGUUAUUGAUGGGAAUGAGUUCGUUCUGGUUCUUGGGUAUGCUCCUUGGUGCGGCAGGAGUGCUGAACUGAUGCCUCAGUUUGCAGAAGCUGCAACAUCGCUGAAGGAAUUGGGAAGUUCUAUUUUGAUGGCGAAACUUGAUGCGGACCGGUAUCCCAAAGCAGCGUCGGUUCUUGGGAUCAAAGGCUUCCCAACUCUGAUUCUGUUCGUUAAUGGGAGUUCUCAAGCGUACACUGGCGGAUUUUCGUCGGAAGAAAUAGUGAUAUGGGUGAGAAAGAAGACUGGUGUGCCUGUUACUAGAUUAAACACCGUAGCUGAGGCAGCUGAGUUCCUUAAAAAGCACCCUGUGUUUGUUAUUGGCUUGUUUCAGAAUUUUGAGGGACCUGAUUAUAAGGAAUUUGUAAAAGCGGCAACUUCUGACAAUGAACUGCAGUUUGUUGAAGUGAGCAACACUGAGGUUGCCAAGGUUCUAUUCCCAGAGAUUAAAACUGUGAAGCAUUUUGUUGGUCUUGUCAAAAGUGAACCAGAAAGACACACUGCAUAUGAAGGCACCUUUGAAUUGUACGACAUAUUGCAGUUUUUGGACUAUAACAAGUUUCCAUUGGUCACUACAUUGACGGAGCUGAAUUCUGUCAGAGUUUACACCAGCUCUAUCAAACUCCAGGUUCUAGUCUUUGCAGAGGCUAAUGACUUCAUGAAACUUCUUGAGCCUCUUCAAGAUAUUGCCAGAAAGUUCAGAACAAAGAUAAUGUUUAUAUAUGUGGACAUUACAAAUGACAACCUUGCAAAACCCUACUUAACUUUAUUUGGGCUCGAAGAAUCAGAAACGACAGUUGUGACUGCUUUUGAUAACAAGAUCAGCUCAAAGUAUUUGCUAGAGUUAGAUCCGACACCAAGAAACAUAGAAGAUUUCUGUUUGGGGCUUCUGCAAAAUAGCCUGUCACCAUAUUUCAAAUCACAGCCAGUACCUGAUAAUAAAGAUGCACGCAUCCAAACUAUAGUAGGAAAGACAUUUGAUGACUUGGUUUUGAGCAAUACCAAGAAUGUCUUUUUAGAGGUUCAUACACCAUGGUGCGUUGGCUGUGAGACCACAAGCAAGAAAAUAGAGAAGUUGGCCAAGCACUUCAAAGGAUCAGAAAAUCUACGUUUUGCCAGGAUAGAUGCUUCUGCUAAUGAGCAUCCAUAUCUCCAGGUUUCUGAUUAUCCAACUCUUCUAUUUUACGCAGCAGGCAAUAAAUCCAAUCCGAUCAAGCUUUCUGCAAAAUCCAGUUUGAAGGAAUUAGCAGCAUUCAUCAACAAAAAUUUGAGUGCCCGAGAUGAAGUUACCAAAGAUGAAUUAUAGAAUUAGUGACAAAAACUGGUCUGAUUUAUCAACCAGAAAAACAGGUUAAAAAGAUAAAAUAAGAAGAAAUGAGAGCCAAGUCUAUUCAUAUUAGUAACCUAGUGUUGUUGGGUGCUUUUAAUAUUCUCAAGGUUGCUUGUGGAGUUAAUCUAAUGGAAAGCAUCCACCUUCCAUAAAAACAAAUGCUGCAAAGCUCAAACGAUGCCUAUAGUGUACCCUAUGGCAAGAAAAUUUUGACUAUUCUGAUAUAAUUUUUUAUAUAUUGAUGGCUGUCAAAAGGAUUUUCAGCAGCUUGCAGAGUGAAAAA